CGGGCUGUAAAAUAUGCUAAAAAAUUAUUCCUUUAAUAAAUUCGAUACUUGUAAGCCACUAAUGAAGGCUACGGAGAAACCAUUAUUAUCAGAUUUAUCCGUAGGCAGUUUGGGUCCAGUCAUUUAAUAUUCAGUUAUUAGCGAGAAAAACAUGUUUUUGUGAUUACAAAUGAAGGAUGAGAGAUGGCUGUCCAAUGGCAAAUUAAAGUAUCCUUAGACAACAAGUAAUCCGUGGCAAGUGAUUUUUCACAAAGCCAAUAUGCCAAAGAGAUUCUAUAAAGAAAGAUAAAUUAACUUUGUUCAUAAAACAAUAUGUUUCCAAAGAAAUGUUUCAAGUACGGCGCGUGCUCAAGUGAUCAUUGGUAUUUAAAUGUUGCAUAACGUGAUCAAUCAUAUCCAAAUCUUAAGAUAACAGGAAUAAUGUAUCACUAAAAGAUCAGUUCAUCUAAAACCACAGUUAAGUGCACGUGGAAGCGAUUUUAUGUAAACAAUGGCAACAGACAAAAUUAAAAGAAUUAUAUGUUUUGGAUUUCUUUAUUUAAUAUUUUUAGUAGAAACUUCAUAUUGUCUGAAUCUUGGUCUCAUAUCCGGUGACCUGAAACGAUCCUCGAGUCCGUUGAUUAUUCGGAAAACAUCUCAUCACUCGCCAAUUACCAUCAAUAUAAGACCAGGAACAUUAAAACCACAAAAACUGCUUCCUCCAAUAUUACCUCCUCUUUUAUCCUUAAAAAGUCCUACAGUAAAAACAAAAAUAAAACAUCCGACAUUAAUAAAAUUACCCAAAGUACCGAUAUUACCAAAAUUGCCCAAGAUACCGUGGAUACCAAAACUACCUCUUCUGCCAAUAAUUCCUCCUAUAUUGCCACCGCUUAUACCUAAAUUACCCUUACCAAUUUUACCGAUCUUACCUCCACUUCUCCCACCAAUAUUACCAGGUUUGACAAAACUAAGUAAACCUAUCCGUGUCCCGAUAAUAGGAAAAACCAAGUUGCAAAAGGCUUUGGGUUCACAAUUAAAGCCAUUUAAGGUGAAUUUAAAUAAAUCAAAGUUAAACAAAAAUAUUUUAGAAAAACUUUUGAAACUCAAGAAGGAUGGAUCGUUGACUACAUCACAAUUUAUUCGAUUUAAAAAACUAUUAUUGUAAUAAUUUAUUAUAAAAUAAAA